AUGCACCCGCGCGAUGAUCUCCCGAGGGCCCUUGGCAGUUUCAGUAGAGGAAUACUCUACUCAAGCAUUCCUGUGGUGUGUGAGGCUGAGGAGGCCCUUGUUGUGGCAGUUCAUGCCAUCUUCACCGCAAUGCGGAAGCAGCAACGACCCCACGCCGGAUCCGUGUGCUCGAAAAGACUCCAGGAUCGCAUUGAAAGGGAGUUUUCUGCUGAGUACGAUGUUGUCGUCAACGGCAAGUACGGCCGCUCUUGGACCCACUUUCUUCAAGCAAGUGGAGGCAUGGCUUGCUUUAGUCAACCAAGGAGAGUUGCGCCGGGAGACGUUGAUUGGCUGAUAGCUCCAGGAUCGUUGCGUUGUUACUUGAUGUCCGAAGAUGUAUCGAAGGUGAUGUGUGCUGACGAGUCGUUGGGAACAUUUGUCAGCCGGAUGUGUUCAGGGGAUCUGGAAAAUGUAUGUCGGUGCAUCCUCAUGGAGGUAUUCUGCGACAUGGAACUUGCUGCUGACGACCUCAGGGGGAAUGGGAACCCACCUCAAGAGGAACAGUACGAGCUCGGCAGCUUGGCGCUGUGGAUACCUAUCCUCUACAAACUUUGGUAUCAGAACGACCAGGGUAUCUGCGUCCGGCUUCGCGAAUUGGAGCGGCCGUGUCAGCAGCUUGGCUUCCAUGUCAGGCUGCGAUGCCGAUGGACCGAGCUCCUCGGCAACAGUCUUCUCUUGAAGUACGUUCGUUGCAGCGUGUUGCGAGUGCUUCUUAACGCUGUGGGGCCACCGUUGGAGUCUGCCGCGGGGCUCACAGGCGCAAGAUCACGGGACGUGCUGCGUGUGGAGCAGCGGCUGGCCCCGGAUGAGCUGGUGGUCGUCCUCAGUGGGACAAACCAGUGGGGCAGAAGACCCUCUAUCCCAGGGCAAUUUCAGCGACGGCGAUAA